AUGGAGCAUACCUCCAAUUCACCAGAACACGAUGGAAUACAUCCUCUCCUCUCCCUCCUCUCUGCCUUUUUCUGGGUAAUAUUAUGGUUCCUAUCAUGGGCAAAAGCUUUGAUAGCUUUUUCCACUAUCACCAUCCCCCGUCUCAUCUACUUUGCUCUGUCCUAUUCCAUGACCUUAACACUGAAUUUUUGGUCAUUUGCCAUCAUGUUUCUGGCUUCGGCGGUUGCUCUGAAUUAUUGGAUACGCCUUCGAUACCUUAACACGUACUCCUCACUGAAGGAGCCACCAUUGGUGAAGCCCGACGUGAAUGCACUUCACCCAGAUGUGAAUACAACAGAGCCUCCCCCAGCUUUUCACAACUACUUGGACGAUUUCCUGCAGGCUGUCCGGGUCUUUGGAUUUCUCGAGAAGCCAGUAUUCCAUGAAUUGGCAAGGCAUCUUGCCACGAGACGCUUAAUUGCCGGGGAUAGUAUCUCUCUGGACGAAGACAGGAGCUUCUAUUGCGUUGUCGAUGGCAUGGUCCAGGUAUACGCUCAAACAGGCCAGAAUAAUUGUCAAAAUGGGUCAUGGGACGAGGAGGAUAUGAACGGAUACCAGCUUAUCAAUGAAGUUGGGAGCGGUGGAACCUUGUCUAGUUUAUUCAGCAUUCUCAGCUUGUUCACUGAGCACAUAAAGAUAAGCUGGCAAGAAGAUGGUCAUCCCGAUGCUCUUGGAGAAAAUUCUACAAAUGGAGAGGGAGGACGACCUCAAUCACGUACUCGUCGCGCGGAUUCCGACGUGUCUCGCUUUAGCCUGGACUACGCAUCUGCGACUUCCCGGCCUUCUCGUGCUGCAUCUAUCUCGUCGUCUGGUUCCACCGCUCACCCCGCAGACGCGACUUCCCCCGUUCGCCCGACGUCCCCGUAUCACAUUGGAGACAGGUUUAGGUCGCCGCUACGGCGCGCUUCCCGCUCUCGAUCAGCUUCUAAUCCUACAACUCAGCUCCACCAUGGUAUCGUGGCCAGGGCAAAGGAAGACAGCACAUUGGCCUUCAUCCCUGCAGAAGCAUUUCGCAGAGUUGCAAAGAAGUUUCCCAAAGCCACCAGUCAUAUCGUACAAGUAAUUCUGACGCGCUUUUCGCGUGUUACAUUCAAUGCGGCACACAGAUAUUUGGGGUUAACGACAGAGGUCCUUCGAACUGAGAAGGCCAUCAACGAGAUUGCAUGUCACCCUCUUCCGGCAUCAUUCUAUGAGGGCGGUGGCCUACAAUAUCUACGUCAACGUUUUGACGACGUCGCAAUUCAGGGGCCUGACCCUGAAAGCGAGUACCUCGGUCCAUCACUGGGUCUGGCUUCUACUAACGGUGGUUUUACGCCCUUAGUUUUACCGCCAGAAAGCCUGACAGAUAGUCCGCUUGUUAUGCGUGGGGUCCCAAUUCGUACGCCUCGCAAUCAGGUACAGGCUGGCGACUUGCAUACCUCAACUGGGCAAAGCAGUGACGGGUAUAAACUUGCGCGUUCGUUUAGCAUCUUGGAAACCCCUCGGUUGCAGAAAAGCGACCCGUUACAGACCCGUCUGAAUAAUGAAGAGUUUGAUCUGCGUGAAGAAGUCAUGUCAUGUAUCGCGAAGUCCAUUGGUCUACUCCAGCCACCCAUGAGCGGGAACGAGUCCAUCGAAGAUUCGCCAGCUUUCCCGCCUUUUGAUCAUAUGCGCCCUGCGAACGGCGUGUUCCCGUCUCCCUUUGGCUCCCUGUCGCUCUUAGAAACUACGGAUGAUGGCGCCUCGAGUAUAACGGGAACAUCAACUACUAGCACGACUGGUUACAUGAGCGGUCUGGACAACGAAGUCGAGAUACUUUUCUUCUCUGCUGGCUCAAUCCUUGUGAAGGCCGGAGAACGGAAUACUGGUCUUUACUAUGUUGUUGAAGGUUUCUUGGAUAUCCUCCUACGUGCUGACGAGUCCCGGUCAAAUAAUGCGCCCUAUGGGACGAGGUCGACAACCUCAGACAACAACCCUCUUUACACAUCCGACCACAAGCAAGAGCCUGAGAAGGCCCACAGUCGCAAGCUGUUGUUUACCGUGAAAUCAGGAGGAAUUGCGGGCUAUCUCGCGUCUCUCUGCGGAACACCUUCAUAUGUUGACAUUCAAGCGAAGACUGACACAUACGUGGGAUUUCUACCUGCUCACUCUCUUGAACGUCUGGUGGAGAAACGACCUAUCGUGCAACUUACAUUGGCGAAACGUCUCAUUUCAUUAUUGUCACCUCUAGUCCUGCAAAUCGACGCUUCUCUUGACUGGAUGCACGUCAAUGCUGGUCAAGUUCUUUGGCGUCCUGAAGAUAUUAGUGAUAGUUUCUAUAUUGUCAUCAAUGGACGACUACGAGCAAUUACCGAAGGAGAAGGUGGUAAAGUCAUCAUCACUGGCGAAUACGGACAAGGCGACACUGUUGGGGAAUUAGACGUCAUCACUAGUUCAACACGCAGAACGACAAUGCAUGCAAUCCGCGACUCUGAGCUGAUUCGAAUGCCCCAAACGCUGUUUAACGCCAUUUCCUCAAGAAAUCCACAGACGACUGCACAGCUGUUACGGACGAUUGCCUCCCGCGUACGUGACGAGAUGGAUGCGUCGAGCGAUGUUCAGACACGCAACGCUGCGUUCGAACUGGGACGGAACAACACUAACUUGAAGACUGUGGCCAUUCUUCCAGUAUCGCGAAAUGUCCCUAUAGACACCUUUGCUCGGAAACUGAAGACUGCAUUGGAAGAGAUGGGCGCCAAGACAUCGUAUAUGAACCAAGCCUCUGUGUCAAGUCAUCUUGGCCGUCAUGCAUUCUCUCGUAUGGGCACACUCAAAGCUGCAGCUUGGCUUGCAGACCAGGAGCAAAGAUAUAGAACAGUGCUUUAUGUCGCUGAUUCCCCUGUCAACAGCCCCUGGACGCAGACUUGUAUCCGACAGGCCGACUUUGUGAUGGUGGUUGGGAUGGGUGAUGAUCCGAGCAUUGGAGAAUACGAAAGGUUGCUACUUUCAAUGAAGACCACAGCACGCAAAGAGCUUGUGCUUCUCCAUCCCGAACGUUCUGUAGUCCCUGGGUCGACGCGCGAAUGGCUGAAAAAUCGUCCUUGGGUGCACCAACAUAUUCACGUCGAACUUCCGGGUCUUGCAGUUCCGAUCGUGAAGACCACUCAGAUACAAGAUCCCGAUGUUGUCAUUGCAUUCAAGAACCUCAAGGAUAGAGUGCAGAAUGGCAUCCAGAAGUACAGGGGGAGAUUUAGGCACGCAAGACCGCAGCCACAUCCCAUGAUCAAUGACUUCUCUCGUCUAGCCAGGAGACUCUGCGCAAAAUCUGUCGGGGUUGUCCUCGGUGGUGGUGGGGCUCGUGGCAUCUCGCAUCUCGGUGUUCUACGUGCACUCGAGGAACGCGGUAUUCCCAUCGACUACAUCGCAGGCACUAGUAUCGGUGCACUAAUAGGUGGUCUUUAUGCACGCGAGUGCGAUAUUAUAAUGAGCACCAAUCGUGCUAAGCAGUUCAGCGGAAGAAUGGGGAAUAUUUGGAGGAUGCUUUCAGAUGUCACAUACCCUCUCGUCGCUUAUACCACAGGACAUGAGUUUAACAGAACUAUAUACAAAGCCUUCUACGAUCUUCACAUAGAAGAUAUGUGGCUACCGUACUUCUGUAAUACCACGAACAUCAACACAUCCCGCAUGGAGAUCCAUGAAAGUGGUUAUGCCUGGAGGUUUAUCCGUGCUUCCAUGACUCUGGUUGGACUGCUGCCUCCAUUAUGUGAUAACGGCAGCAUGCUUGUUGAUGGUGGAUAUAUUGACAACCUACCCGUGUCAACAAUGUUCUCGAUGGGCGCGAGUGUUGUGCUUGCUGCUGAUGUUGGUUCUAUCGACGACAAUUCGCCUCGAAACUUUGGUGACUCUGUUUCUGGGUGGUGGCUCUUUUUCAACCGAUGGAACCCCUUCUCGAGUGCUCGAACUGUGCCUGCGAUUACCGAGAUCCAAAGUCGACUAGCUUACGUAUCGAGCGUGCACACUCUGGAGGCAGCCAAAGUCACACGGAACUGCCUGUAUAUGCAGAUGCCAGUUCAGGAGUAUGGCACACUCCAGUUCAGCAAGUUCGAUGAGAUCCAGAAGAAGGGGUAUCUCGCUGCGGUCGAGAUUCUUGACAAGUGGGAAGAGGAGGGAAAGCUGCCCGUUCCAAACCUCGAUGGUUACGGCGCAAAUAACAACAGGGUCAGUAGGAAAGGAAGAAGCGCGAGACGCAAUUCAGUGUAA